AUGUCGUUCCGGGGUGUGGGGAAAUUGGAGGCAGCUGCGUUACUGAGACAUGGUUUCUUCCUUGGGGCUGAUGGAGUUGCAAAUCAAUAUAGAAAUGCCAACUAUCUAGACGGAAGAAAUAUUAAUAACAACAACAACCGGGACGGAAACGGUCGAGAACAUUCCGGUGCUCGUAGUCGACUGUUCCGGGCAUUAUUGGGCACCUUGGGGCAGCCAGAACAACAACAACAACAAGAACGGGGAAAACAAGGCAGCUCGUGUUUUCCAAAGUGUAAAAUGGACGUAGAUGGAAUUGAGAGCCUAAAUAAUCGGUUCGUUGAGAAUGAAACACAGCAUUUGUUGGAUAAAGGCAAGUUCAUCAGAUGUGUGGAUACUUGUAUAGAUACUUGUUUCACCGUUAUUGUUAAUCAUUGGUUGCCUAUCUGA